AUGCGUAUCUCUCUUUACCUCCGAACCCUCGCUUUCAUCACCCCGUUAUCCUCGUUAGUAUCGGCAGACACUGCCACUUUCAAGCACGAAGCAGGACGUUGCGCGGUCAGAGGCCAAUGCGAGCCCAAUGGAUUCUUCGGUCCCGGUCGACCUUGCGCUGACAAUGGUCUUGCCGCACCUCCAUCAGACUCUGUACGAGACGAGCUUGUACAGCUCUGUGGUCCAAAAUGGAAGGAUACGGACGUUUGCUGUGUGGAAGAGCAAGUCCAAGCACUGAAGAAGAAUCUCGGACGAGCACAAGGCAUCAUUCAAUCUUGUCCAGCUUGCAAGGAGAACUUUUUCAACCUAUUUUGUACUUUUACUUGCUCACCAGACCAGAGCUUAUUCAUCAAUGUGACUGCGACUGAAAAGAACAGGCAAGGGAACGACACAGUGCAAGAGCUUGACAACAUUUGGAGUACGGAGUAUCAAAGUGGCUUCUACGACUCUUGCAAAGACGUCAAGUUCGGUGCUGCAAACCAGAAGGCCAUGACAUUCAUUGGUGGUGGCGCAAAGGACUACAGCCACUUUCUACAAUUCUUAGGCGACAAGAAGGCACUGGGGAGUCCUUUCCAGAUUGAUUUCUUGGAACAUCCCCGUGGUGACAAUGCUGACGGCAUGAAGCCUGUAUCACAGAAACCAAAGGCAUGCAACGACGAAGACCCACAAUUUCGAUGUCGUUGCGUCGAUUGUCCAGCAUCCUGCCCUGAGCUACCCAAGGUCGAAGAUGUGGAAAGCUGUCAUGUCGGCAGACUACCUUGUUUGAGUUUCGCCGUCAUACUCAUUUACUCCAUCGCUUUGUUCCUACUCAUCAUAGCAGUCUCAGGACAUGUCGCAUAUGCCAAACACAAGCAAAGAAAGAGCGAAAGAUUACAACUUCUGCAAGACGCUGCUCCUAGCGACGAUGAGGACGAGGGCGAUCUAGUGCACAAUGCUGGUUUACUGGACCGACCACAGCGCAAUUACUAUCUUAACCAGAUCUUGGACAGGGCAUUCAACAGGCUUGGUCGAUUCUGUGCCAGAUAUCCUGGUAUUACCAUAGGCACCAAUAUUGCUAUCAUUGGACUUUUGAGUCUAGGCUGGUUGAAAUUUGCGGUCGAGCGAGAUCCUGUCAAGCUGUGGGUCUCACCCGAUUCAGAAGCUGCCCAAGAGAAGGCCUUUUUCGAUGAUAACUUUGGUCCUUUCUUUCGUGCUGAGCAAGUAUUCCUUGUCAACGACAGUGCACCAGAUGCCUCUGUUCUCAAUCAAGAUACCCUCACUUGGUGGUUUGGCAUCGAGGAAGAAGUCUCUCGUCUACAAACUCCAGACACACAAUUGUCACUUGAGGAUGUGUGCUUCAACCCAACUGGCGAAGCAUGUGUUGUCGAGUCGAUAAGCGGCUGGUUUGGUAAUGCUGAAGUCAGUGAUUGGCAAUACCAAAUUGGGUACUGUGCUGAGCACAACGGCGACCAGGAGUGCUUGCCUCCAUCUCAAAAUCCUCUGGCGCCAGGACGUGUACUUGGUGGAUUCCACAAUAUCUCCACCAUAACUGAUGCGAAAGCGUUGAUCGUUACGUGGGUCGUGAAUAACGGUCAACCAGGGACUGAAGUUGAAGCAAAUGCUCAAGCAUGGGAGCAAGUACUCAAGAAUACUCUGCUUAAGACGCAAGCUGAGGCGAAAGAGCGAGGUCUACGUCUAUCAUUCAACACCGAGAUAAGUCUUGAACAAGAGCUCAACAAAUCGACCAACACCGAUGCAAAAAUCGUGGUAAUCAGCUAUGUCGUUAUGUUCAUCUAUGCCUCAUUGGCUCUUGGGUCUACAAGCAUGAGUAUCAAGUCUUUAGUCAAUAACCCUGCCAACGCGCUUGUACAGUCAAAGUUCACCCUAGGCAUGCUGGGCAUUGUCAUUGUUCUGAUGUCAGUGUCUGGUUCUGUCGGUCUCUUCUCUCUCGCUGGCAUCAAGGUGACUCUGAUCAUCGCUGAAGUCAUCCCCUUUCUAGUACUAGCUGUUGGUGUCGAUAACAUAUUCCUAAUUGUACACGAUUUCGAACGUGUCAAUGUCAGCCAUCCAGACGAGGAGAUCGACGAUCGGAUUGCGAAAGCACUUGGACGUAUGGGACCCAGCAUACUCUUGUCCGCUUCGACGGAGACGAUCGCUUUUGCCAUGGGAGCUUUUGUUGGCAUGCCAGCUGUCAAGAAUUUUGCCGCUUAUGCCGCUGGAGCUGUUCUGAUCAAUGCUCUACUGCAGGUCACAAUGUUCGUCUCUGUCCUAGCACUGAACCAGCGUCGUGUCGAAAGUCUUCGAGCGGAUUGUAUGCCUUGCAUAGUCGUGAAGCGGGCCAAAUCUGUCAGCAUGCCGGGUGGCCACUUCUUCGGCAGCGAAGAGGAGGGUGCGCUGCAGCGCUUUAUCAGGAGAACAUAUGCUCCAUUCAUCCUCGACAAGAAAAUUAAAACAGGUAUUGUGGUAGUGUUUGUCACUAUCUUUGCUGCAGCUCUCGCGCUGAUCCCAGAGAUCAAACUUGGGCUGGACCAGCGUAUAGCACUUCCAUCUGACAGCUACAUGAUUCAGUACUUCGAUGAUCUCUACCAAUACUUUGGCUCUGGUCCACCAGUCUACUUCGUCGCACGAGACGUUAAUAUGACAGAACGUGUACACCAAGAACAGACCUGCGGACUUUUCGCGGCAUGUGACACUUAUUCUCUCGCAUCAAUUCUAGAACAAGAAGCUCACAGACCUAAUGUCAGUUAUAUGAACACAGGCGCAGCCAGCUGGAUAGAUGAUUACUUCCUAUGGCUGGACCCGGCAUCGCAGUGCUGCCUUAACGAUGAUGGAACUACGUGCCUUUCCGAGGACGAAUGGUCAUUAUCAAUGAAACAUUUGCCGGAAGGUGAUAGGUUUGUCAAGUUGGCCAAGAAGUGGUUGAAAGCACCCAUCGUUGAUGAUUGCUUCAAAGCUGGAGCAGCCGCCUACUCAAACGCUGUUGUCGUCGAUUCGAAUAGCACCAGUGUCCCCGCCAGCCACUGGCGCAGUUUUCACACACCACUACAAUCCCAAGACGAUCUAAUCAAUUCCUACGCUGCAGCUCGACGUAUCUCUAAGGAUAUUUCGGAAAGACACAACAUUGACAUUUUCCCGUACAGCAAACACUAUGUCUUCUUCGACCAGUACAGGUCUAUCGUCCACCUGACAGCAACUUUGUUGUCAGUCGCUGUCAUGGUUAUUUUCAUCUUGACGUCGCUUCUCCUUGGCUCUUUGCUUACUGGACUGGUGGUUAGCAUUACCACUAUUAUGAUUCUAGUCGACAUCAUGGGCGUCAUGGCACUCUUCAAUGUCUCUUUGAACGCACUAUCACUUGUGAACCUCGUCAUCUGCGUCGGCAUAUCAGUCGAGUUCUGUGCACAUAUAUCCCGUGCCUUUAUGUUCCCGUCCAAGAGUGUGAUGGAGCGUGCGCGGUCUCGCUUUCGGGGCAGAGAUCUGCGUGCCUGGACUGCGCUGGUCAAUGUGGGUGGGUCAGUGUUCUCUGGAAUCACCAUCACCAAAUUCUUGGGUGUCUUUGUGUUAGCUUUCACAAAGAGCAAGGUAUUCGAGGUGUACUAUUUCAGGAUUUGGCUGGGCUUGGUCAUCCUUGCAAGCACACAUGCAUUAGUAUUCUUGCCAGUCCUGUUGAGUUUCUUUGGAGGUGAGGGCUAUGUGGACCCAGCGGGCGAUGGAGGCCUGGAGGAAGAUCUGGCAAGCAGACGAUAUCAAAGCCUGUUGAGGGACGACGAUGAGUUCGACGAUGAUUACUGA